UGAGUACGUACUAGUUUGGAACCUCGUUCAGGAUGGACACUAACCGCCAGUUGCUCUUUCUAGGGUUCAGCUUCGGAGCGAUUCCGUUCUUCGGCGAUAGUAUGAGCUAUCAGGUCUCCGAAGAGCGCCAUGAGGACACCACGGACCUGUAUCAACCAGAGCGGCCACCGCGGAAAUCCAGCCCGGAACCAUUCUACGAAAACACCGGACCACCUGCCCUGCCCGUGUUUGGCCGCAGGACACGAAGUGACCUGAACUUGGCACAAACCAACAGUGGCACCUCCGACGGGUACGUGGAACCGGAAACGUUGAAAGCCUCGUCGGCGGCCAUCGUGCCACUGUCCUCAACCAAGCCCACCGUACGAAUCCGCAGCAUACCAUCGGUUCUGCCACCGAUUCCACCGCGACCUCCGCUCGACUCGGACGCCCAGUCGGACGUCACCGACCGACGAGCCAUCUCCGAGACGCACCCGUACGACAUCUCCAAGAGCAUCGCCGAGUCCGCGAUGGACAUUUCACUGCUGACGGCCAACGCCAACCAGCUGCGGCUUCUCAUAACCUACAACCAGGGCUCGCAGACGUACCUGGCCUGCAUCACGUUCAUCAUCAUGUCCCUGGUGCUGCAGAUGCUGGUGGCCGUCAGCAUGAUCAUCGUUUCGCUCACCAAGAAGAACCUUCGGGAAGCAACGCGGCAGAAGCUCAAAAUCAUCACCUCCGUCGGGGUGGCCAUCAUUACGAUGAUCAACAUCCUGGUGGCAUCGCUGGUCGUGGCCGAACAGAACCCAGCGACAAUGGCUGGAAUGAUGGCGAUAGAUGCGGUUACGAUGGCCAGUGUCAGUUCAACCUCAGCAGGGACCACGACGACGCCGAUGGCCAUCAUCAGCAGUGAAGCGGCUGUGAUUAACUAUCAGCCGUACGAAGCCGACCUGCAGACAUACACAUCUGGGCCGGUGUCCGAAAUCAACGAGCUGGUGAAAAAGACCAACGAAAACCUUGAAGCCAUCACACACUGGGCGAAAGGACAUCUGCCUCUAUCCUAA